UGUGGCAACAACUGUAUUUGUUUACAAAUUAUUCUAAAAAAAUAGUUUGCGUUUUUAUUUUUCUAGUAAAAUAUGGAGAAUAAAUUUAAAAUAUUAGUGGUUGGCGAUGUCCGUGGACGUUUUAAGCAACUAUUUCAGCGUGUUGAAAGCAUCAAUAAAAAAUCCGGGCCGUUUGAGAUUUUACUGUGUGUUGGUGAUUUCUUUUCCGAAGAUAGUAAACAAAAUGAGGAACUCAUUGCCUACAAAAAUGGUCAUAAAUAUAUUUCUGUUCCAACAUAUAUACUAGGUCCCAGCCGGAAAUCUCUGGCUAAGUAUUACGAAAAUAUAAUAGAUGGUGAAAUUUGUGUGAAUUUAACAUAUCUCGGUAGAAGGGGUCUUUACACAUUAACCAAUGGAACUAAAAUAGCUUACUUAAGUGGCAAGGAAAAGUCAUUAGAUGGCCCAGAUGAAGAAUUAUAUUUUCAAAUGGAUGAUAUUGAAAGCGUACGGAAUUCUUGCUUAGUAAAUAAAUCCAUUUCCAGUGAUUAUCGUGGAAUUGAUAUACUUCUGACUUCCCAAUGGCCAUAUGGUGUUACCGAUGACAAUAAAAAUUCAUCCAAACUCAUAUCACUGUUAUGUCGAGAUUUAAAGCCUAGAUAUCACUUUUGUGGUCAAAAUAAUACACAUUUCGAACCUCCACCAUAUAGGCUAGCUUCAGAUCAAACUACGCAACUGGAACUAUGCACACGUUUCAUAGCAUUGGCGGAAGUAGGAAAUUCAAAUAAAGAGAAGUACAUCUAUGCUCUAAGUUUGACCCCAGUGGAGAAGAUGAGAGUUGUGGAACUUAUACAAAAGACCACAAAUGAAAUAAAAUGUCCUUUUGGAGAUAUACGUUUUGCGGAUUUGAACCUGAAAGGAACUAAUUAUGAAAGUAGACAAUAUUUCUUUGAUAUGAGUUCUAAAGAUGGAGGAAAUAACCGUAAGAGGUCUAGUGGUGCCAGUGACCAACUAACUAAAAAAUCGAAAAUACCACAUUGGGAUCAAGAAAUUUGCUGGUUUUGCUUGUCGUGCCCAAAUGUUGAAAAGCAUUUAAUCAUUUCUAUAGGGGAACAUUUUUAUUUAGCACUAGCUAAAGGUCCCAUCAACGAUUACCACAUUUUAAUAUUAUCUAUAACUCAUAUACCAUGUGCUGCACAACUAACUGAUGAUGAUUGGAAGGAGCUUAAUAAGUUUAAAAAAGCUUUAAUCGAGUUUUUCAAAGAUCAGAAUCAAGUCGUAUGUUUUACGGAAAGAAACUAUAAAUCGUCCCACUUGCAAAUCAAUGUGUUCAGUGUUGAUGAAGGAUAUGCUUGGAAAAUCCCUCAUGCUUUUGAAGACAAGGCUGAAGAAUUUAAUUUGCAGUUUGAAACAAUACCGGAUUUAACUUCAGGAAAAAUAUUACCAAAUCAAGGACCAUAUUUUGUAGCAGAACUUCCGAAUAAGUCUACAUUGAUUACGAGGCAAAUGAAUCACUUUCCAAUACAUUUUGCAAGGGACGUAUUCUGUUCUGAAAACCUUUUAAACUGUGACGAAAAAGUUGAUUGGAAAUCAUGUAAAUUGGAUAAAGAAAGAGAAAUUGAUUUAGUUAACAAUUUUAGAGAAAAAUUUUCCAAGUAUGAUUUUACAUCAUGAAUUAAGUAAUUAUUCUGCAGGCAUACAUACAUAUGUGUAAAAGUUAAAAAUAUAAUUUCAUUUAUUUUCAAAAUUGUAUGUAAAUAUGUUUUUAAUAUUUAAAAUAAACAUGUGUAUAAAUUA